AUGACCGCUACUGCUGCUACUCCAAAGAUUCCUCUUUGGCUCGACUGUGACACUGGACAUGAUGACGCGUAUGCUCUCCUGAUUAGCGCCCACGACCCUCGCGUCGAGCUCCUAGGUGUCACCACCGUCCAUGGCAAUGCUGCGCUCGAGCAGACGACAUUCAACACACGGGCGAUUCUCGAGGCAAUUGGACGGCGUGAUGUGAAAGUCUACUCGGGUGCGGCGAAGCCCAUUGUUCGCGAGGCCGUACACGCUGCCGAUAUCCACGCAGGCGAGUCUGGCCUGGAUGGAGUUACGCUUCUGCCUCAGCCGAUCGAGCCCGCCGCCACUGAUGUUGACUAUCUGGAGGCUAUGUAUAAGGCUCUUAUAGCUACCCCGCCUAAUACUGCUUGGCUGGUUUCGACGGGCACGCUGACAAACAUUGGACUGCUAUUCCAGAAGUACACCGAUCUGGCGGGCCAUCUCAAAGGUUUGAGCAUAAUGGGAGGUGCAGUUGGUGGUGGCUUCACCAACGCUCCCAUGGGUAAAGUCAAAGGCGAGGGAGAACGCUUUGGCAACUGGACGGCUUAUGCCGAGUUCAACAUAUAUUGCGACCCGGAAGCAUCGGCUUUUAUCUUUUCGCAUCCGAUCCUCAAGCCCAAGACGACAUUGAUCCCGCUCGAUCUGAGCCACUUAGUCCUCGGUACAAGCGCUGUUCGCCGAACCCAGCUCUAUGGAUCAGAUGAGCCGCUCGAUGCAUCAUCCGCGAAGAGUGAUCGCACGCCAUCUGCUCUACGCGCACUUUUCACCCAGAUCAUGUCCUUUUUUGCCGGCACUUAUGCUGAAGUAUUUUCGAUAACGGAUGGGCCGCCACUUCACGACCCUCUCGCUGUUGCUGCUGCUAUUGAUCCCGACAUUUUCGAUGACAAGGGCGGCGAACGGUUCCAGGUCGAUAUAGUUACUGAGGGUGUUCAUUCAGUCACUCAAUCCGACGUUGGAGAGCUUGGCAGGACGAAGGUUACCAAAUUGCAGUCAGGCGAGGGUGGCUGUAGGAUUCCAAGAAGCGUUGAUCUGGGAAAGUUCUGGGGGAGCAUUGAAAGCGCACUCAAACGCGCAGAUGCAGUCAGUCCGAUGCCGAAGAUUUCGCGCGAAGAUCUAGAAAAAGACGGUGUUUUUGUUGGGAUAGAUUGA